AUGGUAUUCUUUUAGACCCCCUAUUUUCUUUUCAACAAUAACUAACCGGGUUUAUACUCCUUAUCAUGAAACAUGUGAUAACGUUUUUUCCAAAAAUUCGCUUUCGGUUUUUGACCAUUUUUCUAUCCUUUUUCGCGGUUUCUUGUCAAAUUUCUUCGAAGCACACGCUUCUUUCCAGAUGAGCAAAACCACAUUAAUUCUUGACAAUGGAGGGCACAACAUCAAAAUCGGAAACAUCGACGAUGAUGCUCCCAGGUAUCGUUUUCCUACUUUGAAAUCCUUAUUCUUCUAAUUUCAGGUUAAUUCCGAACAGUAUCGUCAAAUCUAAGCACGAGCGGAGGCGGGUCUUUGUGGCGCAAGAGCAGGAGGAGUGCCUCGACAAGUUCUCGCUUUUCUACGUUCGGCCGAUCGAGCGAGGUUACGUCGUCAACUGGGACACGCAGCAACAGAUUUGGGACAAAGUUUUUGGCGCGCUGGAAGUGGAGACUUCCACGUCACGGAUCGUUUACGCAGACAACAACUAUUUGAUUCCGGCGCUUCCGGACGUCUCCAACGAGAUAUUCUUCGAGCAUUUUGACUUCACCGAGGUCUGCAAAGGCUCCGCGUCCACUUUCAUCGCCGAGCACUCGCAUCAAGUAUUGCGCGAAAAGUGUGUCUGUGUGGUAGACACGGGCUUCUCUUGGACCACAAUCUCCUGCUUCGUGGACGGACUGCUCAUUCAGGACAGUGUCGUGCGGAUCGACGUGGGCGGGAAGGCUUUGACGAACAAGUUGAAGGAUUGGAUUUCGUAUAGAACACUAGACGUUAGCUCGGAGACUUACGUGAUUAACGAGGUCAAAGAGGAUCUCUGCUAUGUGACGAUGGACUUUGAGAGCAGCAUGAAAGAAGCAAAGUAAGAUUUUUGUAGUUUUACGUUACUUUUUGCCUAAAAAACUAGGUUUUCACUCAGAAAUGAAAGAUCACGCGAAAGUUACAGUUGUUCUUUCAUGUCAUUAUUUCUUGCAGAAAAAGGUUCGACGAAAAUACAAUAGUGAAGAAGUAUAUCAUGCCAGACUUCCACAACACAUUCCGCGGCGUCGUCAAAGACGCCCGAGAUCCGAGCGAUCCGUCGACCCCGUCCAUCACGCUCGGAAUCGAGAGAUUCGCCACUCCCGAGAUUCUCUUCAAUCCCUCAGACAUCGACAUUGAUCAGUGUGGAGUGGCGGAAGGGGUCAUAGAGAGUCUAGCCCGUUCCCCGGAAACACUCAGAGCCGCCCUUUCGCAGAACAUCGUGGUCGUCGGAGGAUCCUCGUGCUUUACGGGUUUCCGAGAACGACUUCUGAAAGACAUUCGCUCAAUGUUACCCGCAGAAUUCAGUCUGAAGAUCUCGGACGCCGUGGAAAACGCGCAAACUCAUGCGUGGCAGUGUGCUCGUCAGUUGCUCAGCACGCCGAACGUCCGCAUUCCGUGGGUGAAUCGAAAGGAAUGGAACGAGCGCGGCGACUCUUUGGAGUAUUCAAAGUUCUUCAAAACUGUCAUAUCCUCGGAUGAGCUCAAAGAGUCACGUGCUCUCGAAGAACAAAAGGAGAAAACACCGAAAGAUGAGGAAGAGGAAGAGGCUUCCUAA